GUCCACCGAUCAGAUGUGAGACGACGAGUUUCCACUGUCCCGCUGUCGAAAACAUGUCCGUGAGCGCAAUCCGUAGCAACCUCCAGAAAUAGUUUCUCAUCAAGCGGAAAAGCCGAUAGGGCCCUGGUCGUGAUCAAGGAGAGGGCGCUCGCUGGGAACAUCUUAAAUCUCGUCUGAUCUAGGAGGCCUAUCGUUCCAACUACUGAAGACACGAUGUCGCAACCGAAGCCCGGGGCCGGAACCACAACUGCUCGAGACAAGGAUGCUCUGUUGAAGAGUUAUCAAAAGCGUCUUAAAGACGACAUACGCGCUAUGAUCGACAAUUUCCAAGAGAUUCUAAAGAGCAGCAAAGUUCCGACCGUUGAGGAAGAAGGACAAGUUUUGCGUCAGCUCCAAUGCACCGAGGAUCAAUACGAGAUGAGCGUGCGGGCUGCUAACAUGAUCCGCGCCGGGGAAAAACUCGUGCGACUCAUUGCGGACAUUAAGCAGUAUCUGAUACUGAACGAUUUCCCGUUUAUCAACGACUCGAUACAAGCUUCGAGUCAAAAGUUUUGCUCGGUGCAACAGGACUGCGAUCAGCGGCUGAUGGCUCUGCGCGACGAUAUGGCUUCUGAGCUGUACGAGCUCGAGGAAGAAUACUAUUCCUCGGCGUACAAAACACCGCCCAAUAAGUAGGAUUCGGCGUGAUUAUUUGUUUUAUUGUAAAUAAGUCGACAGCUCCUGUAAAGAUGUAGACCGGGAAUAGAAUAAAUUGUUCACAGACGCAGAACGUUCUACGCACGGCACGAUUGAAAUA